AUGCGUGAGUAUCAUCCAAGCAGUGAGAUCCCACCUGAGGUCCAUGCUUUUAACGAUUUCAAACACCAUCCAAUGCCAUUGGUGUCCUCUGUACCACCUAACAAGCGCCCAUGGGCUCCGUUCAAGUCACGACUGGAGUUUGAACUUGCUGAACUUGCCUUGGAGGCUUGUUUGAAUAACGAGCAGACCGAUCGGCUCAUAAGACUUUGCAACCGGUGCAUUUCUCAACAGGAGAAGUUCACAUUUCAGAACCACAAGGACAUUCGCGACAGGUGGGGACACUGCUUCACAUUGGAUUACAGGGUUACUGACAAUUUUCAAGUUCAGUUUACUAAAGACGUAAUUUUGGUACCAUAUGAUGGUACCGUACGAGUGUUUGAUCUUCACUAUCAGAAUCUCUGGGAGUGGGCUAGUGAUCUCCUUUGUGAUCCUCGACUCUUUCCACACAUGGUAUUUGAUGCGCAGCACCUGUCGAAGUUUGAUGGCAAGACAUUUGUAAAUUUUGUAGAUGAGCCUUACACUGCGGAAGCUUUUUGGAACAUUCAAGCUUUUAUUCUGUACGCUGACAAGACCAAGUUGUCUUCAUUUGGUACUGUGAAAGGUUACCCCGUCAUUGCACGUCUUGCAAAUCUGCCCACUGACAUUCGCAAUAGUCAAGGCAUAGGUGGCGGCUAUGUUGUUGGAUGGCUCCCGAUUGUGAAGGAAGAGAAGGACCAUGCUGGCAAGCCAAGCUGGGUCAAUUUCAAGAAUGCUGUUUGGCAUGAGGUGUUUGUGAAGAUUCUCUCUCCAUUAGCAUCAAAAUCUAGCACAGGUCAUUGGUUCGAAUGCAUCGACAGCAUUCAACACUGGUUUUUUCCUUGUAUAUUAAUUUUAUCGGCCAAUUACGAAGAACAAUGUGUUAUGGCACUGACUCGAGGGAUCAAAUCCCUGUGGCCAUGCCCAGUCUGUCUCAUUCCCCAUGACAACCUUUUAGAUACUUUGAAGACAUAUGCUUGUCGAACGUCCACUCAGUCACAGGACAUCUUGCAGGCUGCGCAGGACAAGGGGACCGCUGAAGAGAGAGACAACUUACUCAAACAAUAUGGACUUCGCGAUGUCCAGAAUGCUUUUUGGAUUAUCGCACUCACUUAUGUAUAUAGUGCACUGUCAUGGGAUAGGCUUCAUUUCAAUGGUGGCCUGUACCAUGACCAUCUGUGGGCCAAACUGCAACAGAUAAUCUCCGGUCUUGGGAGAGCAAGUGUAGCUCAGAUGGACAAAAAUUACGAGGGAUUUCCCCAUUGGCGAAAUCUGAAGCAUCUAGCGCAAGUCAUGAGCAUUUCGUUUACCAAUAGUAGUGUGUACGAAGACAUUUCCAAGAUGGUAAUCUACGCUGCACAUGCCAUUGUGACUGAGGAUGAGUGUCUGCUUGGCUAUCUCUUACUGCGCUGCAUCCGCCUCUUUAUUGAAAUCGAUAUGUAUGCAGCACUCGAGGUUCACACAACAGAUACUAUCCGUGCAGGUCGGCAUGCAGUACAAGCAUUCUCGACCUAUCUACAGCAAUAUAUAACUAAGACAGCCGACGAGAGCAACAAGAACUGGAACUUCCCCAAAUUGCACAUGAGCGUGCAUAUCUUCGACGACAUCAAAACUAAAGGAGCAACACGUAACUUCAACACGAAGCCAAACGAGGGGAUGCACAGGGAUGUCGCACCACAGAUUCUUAUUCUUUGCAUCAAUCAUUGGCAGGUGGUUGCUGAGAGCAUUCGCUGGAACAUCUUUGACUUUGAUGAGUAUCAGUUGCAAGAUGUUGACAAUGUACUGGAUGAAGACAACUCUGUGGUGGACGAUUUGGUUGUUUCAAAUGACUCGCCUCAUGUAAAGCUUGGAUCCAGACAAGCUCUGCAAACCUUUGAGUCUGUUGAGAACACUCACAAAACUGACAGCACAUUUUCUAACAUUCGAGUCAAGCUCAAUGAGUUUUUGACUAACUUUUUACUAUCCAUUCAAGUCCCUCUACCAGGUGGAAAGUGGGUUCGACUCAAACCAAACAAUAAGAUAACCGAGUGUCAUUUCUUGAAAGUCAACUACGAGUCAUUGGUAGAUUGGCGCCAACACACCGACUACCUUCGAUGCAAUCCCAAGUUCUUUGGUGCUCCAUGUUUUGAUUGUGUGUUCAUCCAGACGACCAACAAGAUUAUAUUCGGUCGCCUGCUCUUUGUUUUUGAAUGUACAGUGGGGGAUACAGUUCUCUCCCUCGCUCUUAUUCACCCAUUUGAUGCUCCCACUGGUGUGCACAUUCAAAAGGACAAGCAUCUCAACAUCUUUCGUGUUCCAGCAAGACUCUGGGCACAGGCUGAGUUUUUCUCAGUAAGGUCAAUCAUCCGUGGAGCUUUCCUGGUACCGGAUGGUAGCUAUAACUACCUUGUUGUUGACACUGUCAACACCGACAUGUUCCUUCGUGUGAACACACUGCAUCUUGCGGCAGGGCAUCUUGUACGCAUUUGA